CAGCGCAGAGAAGGUUGGCACGCGGCAUGAACCUGGAGGCGGGCAGCCGGGGAGCAGAGUUCGGCAUGAGCGCGGUGAGCUGCGGCAACGGGAAACUCCGCCAGUGGCUGAUCGACCAGAUCGACAGUGGCAAGUACCCCGGGCUGGUGUGGGAGAACGAGGAGAAGAGUGUCUUCCGCAUCCCGUGGAAGCACGCGGGCAAGCAGGACUACAACCGCGAGGAGGAUGCAGCCCUUUUCAAGGCUUGGGCACUAUUUAAAGGAAAGUUCCGAGAAGGUAUCGACAAGCCUGAUCCUCCUACUUGGAAGACAAGAUUACGAUGCGCUCUGAAUAAGAGCAAUGAUUUUGAGGAACUGGUAGAGAGGAGCCAGCUGGAUAUUUCAGAUCCGUAUAAGGUGUACAGGAUCGUUCCAGAAGGAGCCAAAAAAGGAGCAAAGCAGCUCACUUUGGAAGACACACAGAUGGCUAUGGGUCACCCCUACCCUAUGACAGCACCUUAUGGCUCCCUGCCAGCCCAGCAGGUCCAUAACUACAUGAUGCCACCUCAUGACAGAGGCUGGAGGGACUAUGCCCCUGAUCAGCCACAUCCAGAAAUCCCGUAUCAGUGUCCUGUGACAUUUGGCCCCCGCAGCCACCACUGGCAAGGCCCAUCUUGUGAAAAUGGUUGCCAGGUGACAGGAACCUUUUAUGCUUGUGCCCCACCUGAGUCCCAGGCUCCUGGAAUCCCCAUAGAGCCAAGCAUAAGGUCAGCUGAAGCCUUGGCACUCUCAGACUGCCGGUUACAUAUCUGCCUGUACUACCGGGAAAUCCUAGUGAAGGAGCUGACCACAUCCAGCCCUGAAGGCUGCCGGAUAUCCCAUGGACAUACCUAUGAUGUCAGCAACCUAGACCAGGUCCUGUUCCCUUACCCAGAGGACAAUGGGCAGAGGAAGAACAUCGAAAAGUUGUUGAGCCACCUGGAGAGGGGACUGGUCCUCUGGAUGGCCCCAGAUGGGCUCUAUGCCAAAAGACUCUGCCAGAGCAGGAUCUACUGGAAUGGGCCCCUGGCAUUGUGCAAUGAUCGGCCCAACAAACUAGAAAGAGACCAGACUUGCAAGCUCUUUGACACACAGCAGUUCCUAUCAGAGCUGCAAGUGUUUGCUCACCAUGGCCGGCCAACACCCAGAUUCCAGGUGACUCUGUGCUUCGGUGAGGAGUUUCCAGACCCUCAGAGGCAGAGGAAGCUCAUCACAGCUCAUGUGGAACCUCUGCUAGCCAAACAACUGUAUUAUUUUGCUGAACAAAACAGUGGACAUUUCCUGAGGGGCUACGAUAUAUCUGAACACAUCAGCACUCCAGAUUACCACCGAUCCCUGCGCCAUUCUUCCAUUCAAGAGUGAGCCAGACACUGGGAGGAUUUGGUUUCACUGUAAAUACUCUGGCAUGGCAGCUAAUUGACACCCCCUUUCUUUGGAAGAGCCAUGAAGUGGGUUCACAGUUGAAGACGACACCAGGGAUUUGUGAAAAAUGAAAACCAGCUCUGUUUGCCCAAUAGAGGAGUUUGUCUCAGAAGAAUGACUGUCAUCCAGGUCUUGACAAAUGCUGGUAUUUUGGUGACUGUUCCCUGGCUUAUAACUGUGAGAUUUGAUCAGUGAUGUGUUUACAUGUACUUAAAUUCGGGCUUGGGCCUGGUAUAGAUGGGGCUUUUGCUUGAAGACUGAAAAACUGUUUCAGUAUGAUUGCCCAACUAGAGAAGGCAGAAUUCAGCAGUAUUAUUGGUCAAUUUCUCAGGGAAGUAAAGUCUAAACUGGAGACUCCUCUGCCUACCCACGGAGAAAUGCAUUCCUGGAUGGAGGAGUGCAGUUCUCCUGGAUCAUGCCCACUGAGUGAAGGGUCCUGAAUCUCAGCCCCAGGCUAGGCUACAAUGUCACAGCCAUGCAGACCAUGGCUGUGGUCCAAGCGGACCCCGUCUGCAUCCUAUUUGCUCCCUCUCUACGGCCUUCCCUUACAGCCAGCUUGUGGACUCCGUAGUCACAUACUUGAGGCAAAAGAUGUCAGGGAUACAUAAGACGAGACAUUUUUGUAUGUCUUUCUAUCUAACAAUGACUAGAAAACAUUUCACUGUUUUGUCCUCUUGUCCUCUCCCUUUUGGUUUUUGGGUUUUGCCUUUCAUUCUUUAGAAUUGUUGCUGGCUGUAGUUUUUUUUUUUUUUUUUCAGAAAUAAAGGAAGGAAAGAAGAGAGAGAGAGAGAAAGAAAUCAAGAGACUGAAUACUAGAGAUAGUUUUUAAAAGAUCGGUGCCAUUUCCCCUCUAUUUGUUUUGUUGACCACCAGCAGUCUCCAUGGCAACACUGGAGGGGAGGAGCUUUUGAGGAGGUUGGGUACUGUCAGGACACCGGUGGUUCAGCUGACUAUACAGCUGCAGACUCAGUGGGCUGUUUCUGCUUAUUUUGUAUAUUAGAUGCUUCCUUGUGCCAAUAAUAGUUUGACAGAGCCUCAAAAUGACUGGGCUUUUCCAAAAAUACAUUCCUUCAAAGAAUUCCAAAGAGCCCGUUUGUCUUCAUAAAUCUGGCCCUUUACUUUCGUGUUACUGUUUUGUUUAGGUGGCUUUGUCAUGCUCCAGGACUUUUCUUCUACUACAGUGUAAUUUCUGUUUCUGCCAGGCUCAGGAAGAGUCAACUGUCAACACAUGACACUUGGUUUUUCGUUUGUUUGUUUUUUUAAACACAGCACGCUUAAUAUUUCAUUCAACAUUGGGGUGUCCUUUUAUUUUUCAAAAGUAGCCUUUGAUAAGUAAUACACAUGACAGGAAAGGGAAAAAUGAGAAGCAUUUUAUAUUUAAACCUUCCUUCCUAGAAUUAGUUCUGAGAGUUCAGUCUGUUCUUUAAACCCAUUUUAGUUUUCUACACAUGUACAUGAAGUUGCCUUUUUUUUUUUUUUUUUUUUUUUUAAGGAGAGAGAGAGAUGUGGUGACACACUUUUCUGUACCUAACUAUGCAGACUUACCUCAUCUUUUGAGUGGCAUGUGGAAUUCCACUGCAGUGUGCCUGGCUGUGGCUUAGACAUCUCAUUAGCUAUUCAUCAUAGAUGCAUCCCAGCAGCCUACUGAGUCUUGUGAACUGAAGUCAUUUAUACAUCUUAUAGAUGUAAAACAUUCUGGGGUAUAUUAUCCCAAGGGAAGAUGAAGGAAAAAUUGGGAAAUGCCUUUCCCCCCUGAGGCUCCAAACUGUAGCUAUGGUCCUGGAGAAUAUGUAACCACACCUACAUCUGGCACUUCACCAAAGUUCUCUCCGGGUCCUAAAUGACUGUGAUUCUUCUUACCCCAAGCAGAUGCUUCAUCCCAGCUGUCAUGUGAAUCCUUUUUUCCUUUCUUUCUUCCUUCCUUCCUUCCUUCCUUUCUUUCUUUCUUUCUUCUUCUUUUUUUUUUUUUUUUCUUUCAUGUUAUGCUACUUUCACAGUGAAGCUGAAUUUUCUGAAACAUUCUGGAUGGUUCAGACCACCAACUCCUAUCUCACUUUACAGCCAUGCAUGCCUAUGGCUUCAGUCUUGAUGGAUCUGUAGGAAAGUGAAGCACAGAAUGGUCAGGCAAACACUCCCGACACAGAAGCAAAUGGCCUCCUCACCCCUUGUUGAAACAAAGUGGAAUGUGCAUCCUGGAAUUUAGUUUGCCCUCACUGGAAGGUGCCAUUGAAGAGGCAGGUCUUGGGAACAGUGCAUUGCAGGGAGAAAGUGCGAAAGUCUCCUGGGUACAUGCUUGUCUCUUGUCCAUGAGCAAGUCAUUAAUGUCCAGUUUAAAACCAAAAGCUUCUGUGGUGCUGGACAAAGAAAGUGGCACCCUGUGAGAGCCAGCUAGACUCUGGGAUUGGAGCAAAGAGCCCCCCCCAUUGUGAAAAUGCCAGGACGGUAAAGGCCUGGUGUACUGCCUGGGUGGCUAUAUGCCAGGAACAAGGAAUGCACAGGCGGAUUAAGGCAUGUGUGAGGUGUCCUUACUCUGUAGAGGGCAUGAGUGUGAGAUCCACCAGCAAAGGAUUCUGGGAGUUUGGGCAUCACUACUGCUUUAAGCUUAGGAGGCAGAGGCAGGCAUAUCUCUGUGAGUUCAAGGCCAGCCUGGUCUACAAGAGCCAGUUCCAGGACAGGCUCCACAUCAAUACAGAGAAACCCUACUUGGAAAACAAAACGAAAACAAACAAACCAAAACCAAACCAAACAAAACAAAACAAAAAACUGCUGCUUUAAGAACUUAUUGUUCCAUGGGUUAUAUUUUGACAAGAUUUCAGAGGCUUAAAUAUCCUUUCAUUCAAGUCCAAUCACUCUUGUUCUUCCUACUGGUGAAUAUUUGUUGUUGUUGUUGCUGUUAUUAGUGAAAAUUGUGAAUUGUUAAGGUCUCCCUAAAUCAUGUGGCUGCUGUAUCCAUUUUGAUGUUUCCAUAGGCUGCCCAACCACACACAUCUUUUUGCAAAUUGCCUCUUCACUAGUUGAGGCCUGCCUCAUAAAUGCUAACUUAUGCAGUCUGUGCUGAGUGCUGCUCACUGCCACGUGAAUGCAGGGAAGGCUGAUUUUUCUGGAUCUAUUUUCACUGCUUUGAGAAACAUAUCUCCAGAGACUACUAAAGCGGAGGAGAAGAGAAAGGCCAGCAGGCCAGCUCUAUUACACACUGCUUUAUGCUUCGUAUUCUUCAAGGGGGACCAGCCUCACAGAAAAGGUCAUCCAUGUCCUCCCUGCUCCCUGCUCUGUACACCCACUUCACAGUGAGAGAGCUGGGGGCCAGGACCCAGAGACCUCUGGCUAGAGCCCAUACUUUGCCAUGUCUGCAUGUCUGAGCCUGGAAGGCAAGGACGCCCACCAUCCUGCACGUACUGUUUGCAUGUGCCAUGGAUUUUGCUGUAAACUCGCUUCACCAAGCAAACUGUGUUUUGUUUUGUUUUUUUAAAUAUUUGGUAAAUAAAGGAUUUCUA